AUGGGAAUGCGCUUCUCCCUCCAGACCCGCGAAGUCAUCGCCGACAGCAUCGAAACCGUAACAUGCGCCCAGCACCACGACGCCUGCAUAGCCAUCCCCGGAUGCGACAAGAACAUGCCCGGAGUCAUCAUGGCAUUCGCGCGACACAACCGUCCCUCGCUCAUGGUCUACGGCGGCUCGAUAAUGCCAGGAUACUCCGAGACGCUGAAGAAGCCUAUCAACAUCUCGACCUGCUACGAAAGCCACGGCGCAUACAUAUACAAGAACCUGAAGAGUGCUUCAGAGGGCAAGUUCUCACCAGAUGAGAUCAUGGAGGAUAUCGAGCGGAAUGCUUGCCCAGGAGCUGGUGCUUGCGGAGGAAUGUACACGGCCAACACAAUGAGUACCUCGAUCGAGGCAAUGGGGCUGACUCUCCCCAACUCUUCCACAACGCCUGCAACUUCACCCGCUAAGAUGCGCGAAUGUGCCAAAGCCGCCGCUGCGAUACGAGUCUGCAUGGAGAAGAACAUCACACCGCGAAAGCUCCUCACAAAAGCUUCUUUCGAGAACGCCCUGGUCAUGAUGAUGGUACUAGGCGGAUCCACAAACGCCGUGCUACAUCUCCUCGCCAUGGCAGGCACAGCAGGCGUCCCCCUGACACUCGAUGACUUCCAGCGCGUGUCCAACAAGAUCCCCUUCCUCGCCGACCUCGCGCCAUCAGGAAAGUACAUGGCAGCAGACCUCUUCGACAUCGGCGGCAUGCCCUCCGUCAUGAAACUGCUCGUAGCAGCCAAUCUCCUCGACGGCAGCAUCCCCACCGUGACAGGUAAAACCCUAGCCGAAAACAUCGAAUCCUACCCGUCCCUCCCCCAAGACCAGGUCCUCAUCCGGCCCCUGUCCAACCCCAUCAAACCCACCGGCCACAUUGAGAUCCUACGCGGAAACCUCGCGCCCUCGGGUGCCGUCGCAAAGAUCACAGGUAAAGAAGGUCUAAUCUUCACCGGCAAAGCCAUAGUCUUCAACAAAGAGCACGAGCUUGACCGCGCCCUUAACCUAGGCCAAAUCCCCCAUGGCGAAAACGUCGUCGUGGUCGUCCGCUACGAAGGCCCCAAAGGCGGUCCUGGCAUGCCUGAACAACUCAAAGCCUCCGCCGCCAUCAUGGGUGCUAAACUUACCAACGUGGCCCUCAUUACCGAUGGACGCUACUCUGGCGCUUCUCAUGGUUUCAUCGUUGGCCAUAUCUGUCCUGAAGCUGCGGUUGGUGGACCCAUUGCGGUUGUGCAGAACGGCGAUAUGAUUACGAUCGAUGCGGAGAAGAAUCGUAUUGAUAUGGACGUGCCACAGGAGGAGAUUGAUAGGCGGUUGAGGGAGUGGGUGGCGCCUAGUAUGCCAGUCACGAGGGGUGUGUUGGCGAAGUAUGCAAGGUUGGUGGGAGAUGCUAGCCAUGGUGCCAUGACGGAUUUGUUUUGA